AGAAAAAAACUCCGAAUUAUAUUUUUAAAUUCUUUUUUAGGUUGUUUUUCUUUUAACUCCUUUUUUCUUGUGGAGAACAUUAAAAACGAAAUCUAGCGAUUAUUUAUCGCCUUUUGUCUCUUUGGAUUAUCAGAUUCCCCAAUUACUUGAAAAAAGCUUCUAUAAUUCGAUUCUUUUUUUUGUUCCUUCGACAGAGAUUGGGAAAAGAAAAGAAAAAAAAAUCGUAAGGAGUUCGAAAUUUCCUAUAUCUCCGUUUCUGGGGCUUUUUUUUCUUCAAUUUACGAUUGGUCUUUUUUUUUUGGUCUGGGUAUUUUAAUUUGGGGAUUAAACGUUUUGCAUUAGACGUGAAAAAAAAAACCAUGUCCGAUGGAUACUACAAUUCGAAGAAGACUGAUGAUCUUUGCGAACAUGUUUGUGGACAGGGAUCAAAAGCAGCAAAAACAAUCUCAAGGCUUAAAUGUGUUCUGAAAGGUUUUGAUUUAAGAACAUACUUGCUCCUCUUUGUGUUGAUGCCGUUUGCUAUCUUAGCAAUCUAUUUACACGGCCAAAAGUUCACUUAUUUCUUCAGACCUCUUUGGGAAUCACCUCCUAAGCCCUUUCAGACCAUUCCUCAUUACUACAAUGAGAAUGUUACUUUGGAAGCUCUCUGUAGUCUUCACGGUUGGGGAAUCAGAGAGUCUCCCAGACGUGUUUUUGAUGCUGUUUUGUUUAGUAACGAGAAGGAUCUUUUAACUGUUAGGUGGAAUGAGCUUUACCCUUUUGUGACUCAGUUUGUGCUUCUUGAAUCGAACUCUACGUUUACGGGUUUGCCUAAACCUUUGGUUUUUAAGAGCAAUAAGGAUCAGUUUAAGUUUGUGGAGCCGAGGCUUACUUAUGGGACAGUUGGAGGACGGUUUAGGAAAGGUGAGAAUCCGUUUGUUGAAGAAGCUUAUCAGCGUGUUGCCUUGGAUCAGCUUCUUAGGAUAGCUGGCAUUGAAGAGGAUGAUUUGUUGAUUAUGUCUGAUGUUGAUGAGAUACCAAGUGCUCACACGAUCAAUCUUUUGAGAUGGUGUGAUGAUAUUCCUCAGGUUCUUCACCUUCAGUUGAAGAAUUACUUGUAUUCUUUCGAGUACUACGUCGAUAGCAAAAGCUGGAGAGCGUCUAUACAUCGUUACAGUCCAGGGAAAACACGGUAUGCUCAUUUCCGUCAGAGUAAUGUCCUGUUAGCUGAUUCUGGUUGGCACUGCAGCUUCUGUUUCCGUUAUAUAAGCGAGUUUGUAUUCAAGAUGAAAGCUUACAGUCACUCGGACCGUGUCAGAUUCUCUCAUUACCUGAAUCCAAAGAGGAUUCAAGAUGUUAUUUGCAAAGGAACUGAUUUGUUUGAUAUGUUACCAGAGGAAUAUACAUUUAAGGAGAUUAUUGGCAAAAUGGGACCUGUGCCUCGGUCUUAUUCAGCUGUUCAUCUUCCUUCAUACCUGCUGGAUAAUGCUGAGCAAUACGAAUACUUGUUGCCUGGUAAUUGCAUAAGAGAAAAACAGACAGGGUUUAUGUGGUGAGCACAUUGAAGGUGUUCUUGUAUAGUCUUAAACUUCAGGGCCUUAGCAUCAUUCUUGAGAGGAAAGGUGCAAUCUUUUUGCCUAAAAGAGAAGAAAUGGAAGAAAGUAAUUUGAUACUUUGCUGAGACACGGAUAUAACCUAAAUGCUGGAUUCAGUUGGUGGAUUCUGAGGAUUUUUUUCCAUCAGUUUCAUUUGAUACAGGAGGGUUUGUGAGAAAAAAAGGAGGUUACUUUGAGUUAGAGCUGCACAACACUUCCCAGGUUUUUUCAACAAUGGGAACAUAUGUUGUUGCCGAAGGCUGAUUGAUUUAGUAGUAUAGCAGUUUCAGGAUCCAUUUGUUUAUAUAAAUAACAUUUUCUUCAUUAUUCUGAGUUCAGUUCUGGUUAUUUGCAGUUUCCUUCUAUCUAUUAAUGCCUUCUUUGCUCUGAUCAAUUUUGACUUAGCAUGACACAACAAACAUCAGCUUCUUGCUUAUACUUCUUGGUUGCAAAAAGUUAUGUUCUUUUCAAGUUUAAGCAGUGUUGUAUUGUGGUUGUCAGAUUCUGGAUUGUUCUGAGCU